CGUUGCUGCCAGCGAAUCUGUCCUAACAUAGCUCACAACGCCGCAGUGAUCUCUUCGCAUAUGAAUCGCAACGUUCGUCUCUCACUGCAUAUUCUGUUCCGUGUCGGUAUUCUCUCCCGGGAGUAGAGAAAAGAACUCGACCUCCAUAGCGACGUUCAUCCGGCUGAUCAACUAUCGCGGACGGGGACAGACGUAGCUUCUUGGAUCAAGUAUUGGAAUGCUGCAGCAAAUAGCAGGACAACGUCGCCAAGUACUGAGGCCGUAACUGACGCCAGAUUACAUUUCAGUCAGCCAUCAAACACAUCCAUGGCGACAUCACCAUCAUCAAGUAGUCCACUAAGGCUAAGCCUGGAAUCAGAGCGCAACUUUGAUCAACUUCCCUGGGAUUCGUCUCCCCUUCGGCAAUCCAUUAGGACCUUGUUGACAAAUGCCGAGACACAAGAACUUUCAAACACGUCCCUUGAUAUUGCGGACCAAAUCGCGCAGGACUGGCUAAAGAUAAGCAGAGAGGAUGCAGACAUCAACCGUUGGCUGCAGGGCUGCGCAUCGAAUCCAAGCAGAACAAACUGCCUUCCUACUACGUCUUCAACCGCGAGUUCAGUAAAUGCAGGGUUUGUAUCAGUUGCGGAACAUGGUCAGACCAUUAAGGAUCAGCCACGUGAUCUGAGCAUCUUCAAGGACUGUCAGUUAACGAACUUACCCGUAACCGACUGCGCAACAACUUCUGAUGCCGCGCUAGAUUCUUCUCCGGCAUCUAGUUUCCUUCACACUGCUAAUGAAGGCACCAUGGUGAAUAUUCUUUCAAACUGCAUUGCAGAUGCACCUUCCUCGGACGCAAAUGUUGCUCUGUCGUUUGACGAAAUGAAGGAAUUCCGUAAAUUGGUUGUAAACACCAGAAGACGUGAAGGCCUCGCCCAACAUCACCUCGCAUCGAUUCUGCGGGAAUCAAACCCUGCGUAUUAUAAUAUUACCUCAAAAACUGUCCUCAGGUUUGAAGGCCAUGACUAUAGUGAACGGCGCAUGUCUUUGUUGUACCCGGUGUUCAAAAGAUGGACAGACGACAGGCACAGACGUGCCAAUCUCCCGCAUCAAACACUUCGAGGCCGGCUUUCAAUUGAACAGUAUGCUAUUCUAAACAAUGAGUUUUCCAAAAACCAACGGCUAGCGGUAGAGAAAGAAAUUGACUUGGCUAGUAGUACAGGCCUUAGUAGAAAAACUAUUCGAAAUUGGUUCACAAAUCGACGGAACAGUGCGAAACUUCGAAACACGCGUCGUCUCAAGCAGAGAGCUGCAGGUAGCAGCGACACAUCGGGAAAUGCCAAACAGAGCUAGAUCAAGAAGAAGAGAGGAUACGUGGAAUGGCUCUAUGUCCGAAUGACCCUGUGUGUGCAUUUGCGGCGUUUUGUUCCUUAAAGUAGUGAAUACUAUCUUACGCGUUCAUCUGUCUUCGUGUGAACAUACGUCCGCGAGAUGUGCAGAAACUCUGAUAAAAAAUGUAUCCAUGAUAGAUGAGGAUUAGAUCACUGAGAUCGAAGUUGUCGCUAAAUUUGUGACAAAGUCAAAUCACAGAAUUAUAGACAUUCUUACUCGUGUGGUGCUUUUGGAUUGUUUUACUUGUUGUGAAUGUGUUGUGGCGCUGUUUGUGUCUGUCUUUGUGUUGUGUUAGUCAAGAGUUGUCUGAUCUCUGGCGCUCCACACGUUUGAAAUGCAUAUCAUGUUAUGCUACUGUAACACUUUGUGUCCAAAUCAAACCCAAGUCAUCAACCAUCACAGUAUUGGAUUGGAUUGGAUUGGUUUAUUUAGAGUCGAAGAACAAACAGGCAGUGUUGCCUUAUUACAUGAGAUCGAUUAUUGAACAUCCAGAUGAUGUCAUGAAAGCAAAUCGGGAUUUACUCGCCGCCUUUCAUUCGCCAUCUUGCAAUUGGCGCCUCAACUAGAAAAACAAGAAAUUUAUAAAUAACCUACGUGGAGAUAAUAAUUUUAAUAUAGCUAUGAAUAGGAUGAAGGCCGCAGACAUCACGCAACUACGUUACUUGUUUGACAUGUAUUACAUGUACUGUGUAUUUUAUAACAAAAAUAUUAUUGAAAACCCAGAAUCGAUU